ACAUUUGGUAAUAUAUGACCAGGAGCUACAGAGAUGCUCUCCAUCCAUGCAGCUGCUCUUCUAACCAUGCUGAUUAAACACCACCCCCUGUACUCAUUGAUACAUUUGCUUUGGACUGGUGUAACUGUUUCAGGAACUCGAGAAUUGCAGGAAUUAAUUAAACCACAAAAGGUCGAAUUUCACUCAUUAAACUUCAACAAUACUUUGCAUUGGCAGCUUGGGAGGGCUGCCCCAGGUGACAUCAUCUACUUUGUGCAGUACAAAGUGUAUGGGCAAAGCCUAUGGAAAAAUAAAGAAGAAUGUUGGGGUAUUCGUGAAGAUUUUUGUGACCUAACACAUCAGACAUCUGAUAUCAGAGAACCUUAUUAUGGCAGAGUGAAAUCUGUUUCAGCAGGAGUCCAUUCAGAUUGGAACACCAGCAGCAGAUUUACUCCAUGGAGGGAAACAAAGAUAGGCCCUCCCUCAGUAAAUGUGACUCCUAGAAACAAAUCCAUACAACUAAAGCUCCAGGCUCCAAAUUCACCUUAUACAAGGAGAAGAGGCAGUAAGAUACCAAUGACAAAUUAUUAUGAUCUAUUAUAUCGAGUGUUUCUAAUCAACAACAUGCUAAAUGAAAAAAACAAAAUACUGGCAUAUGAAGGAACAGACAAAGUUGUUAAAAUAGAAGAUUUGAAACCUGAAGUCAGCUACUGCGUAGUGGUUACAACCUACUUGCCAGUGCUGGACCGCAGCAGUGUGUACAGCAGUAAGAAAUGCACGGUACCCCUAUGACAUGAGAGUCACCUUCGUGGAACUGGGUGCUGAGCUUUCCCCAGCCCUGCGUCACAAGGACACCAGACUGUGAGCCCCACUCACUGUAGAGAAACUUGUGGCAAUCGCAUUGUGGAAGCUGGCGAACCAGUUUGGAGUGGGGAGAUCGACCAUUGGUGCCAUGGUAACUCAAGUGCGCAAGGCCAUUAAUCGCAUCCUACUGUGCAAGACCAUGACUCUUGGUAAUGUGCGUGACAUUUUGGAUGGCUUUUCAGGAAUGGGCUUCCCUAACUGUGAUGGGGCGAUAGAUGGAACGUACAUCCCUAUUGUUGCCCUGGCCCACCUUGGCACUGAGUAUAUAAAUCUUAAGGGGUACUUCUCCAUGGUUUUGCAGGUGCUGGUGGAUCACUGUGGGUGCUUCACUGAUAGUAAUGCUGGAUGGUCCGGAAAGGUGCAUGAUGCAUGUAUCUUUAAAAACACUGGCCUGUACAGAAAGCUGCAAGCGGGGAAUUUCUUUCCAGACCAGUAGCUCACCAUUGGGGACGUGGAAAUGCCCACUGUGAUCCUGGGAGACCCAGCUUACCCAUUGAUGCCAUGACUCAUGAAGCCAUACACUGGAAACCCAGAUGCCAGUAAGGGAUGUUUCAACAACAAGCUGAGUAGUGCAGAAUGGCUGUCGAAUGUGCAUUUGACUGUUUGAAGGAGCGCUGGAGAUGUUUGUACACUAGACUGGAAAUGAGUGGGAAAAAUAUUCCCAUGGUUAUUGUGGUGUGCUGUACUUUACAUAACAUUUGUGAGGGGAAGGGUGAAAGGUUUACUCGUACAUGAAAGGAGCCUGGAGGCUGAACGCCUGGCUGCUGAGUUUCAGCAGCCAGAUACCAGGCCUAUUACAGGGGCUCAACAUGUGGCAGUUAGGAUCCAAGAUGCCUUGGGGGAAAAGUUGGAAAAUGAAAAUCGUUAAACUUUGCUGUUGUGCUUGGGAAAGGAAGUGUUAACAGCAGGUGCUGUGCUACGUGGCAGUUCUCUAUGUAAAUUCAGUGAAGAUGAAGUGCUAGUUGACUGGUAGCUGUGAUGACAGGUACAG